GGAUGGUUGUUCGUGUUUGCAUAGUGGGUGCCGGUCCUAGUGGUAUGAGCACUCUGGCAAUGUUCAAAAAGCUAAAAGACCAGGGUGUGGAGUGCGAGGUGACGUGCUUUGAAAAACAGGAACAACCAGGCGGUCUUUGGAAUUUGACUUGGAGAACCGGUACUGACGAGUUUGGGGAACCAGUGCAUUGUUCGCAGUACCGCGACCUUUUCUCAAAUGGUCCGAAAGAAUGUCUGGAAUUCCCAGAUUACACUUUUGAUGACCAUUUCGGGAAGCCUAUCCCGUCCUACCCUCCUCGUGACGUGUUGUUCGAUUACCUGCGAGGCUACUGGAAGUUUCAUGGGGUGAAAAAGGAGGACGUUCUUACGAGGCACGUGGUCAGGAAUGUUAGUUUUGAUGAUAAAACUGCUACCUUCACAGUUCGAGUAAGGAAUCUCGUGCAGGGAUUGGAUAUUGAACAGGAAUUCGACCGACUGAUCGUAGCUUCGGGCCAUUUUUCUGUUCCUAACGUUCCUCAUUUCGAGGGUAUUGAAACCUUUGAGGGACGUGCCAUGCAUUCCCACGACUUGAGGAAUGCGAGAGAGUUUACUGGCAAGAGGAUUUUGGUAGUCGGUUCCAGUUACAGUGCCGAGGAUAUUGCUCUCCAAUUGUUCAAAUUCGGGGCAGAACAAAUCACUAUUUCAUACCGUACAGCCAAGUUGGGUUUCAAAUGGCCUGAAAAGAUUCAUGAAGUGCCCUUACUCAUAAAAAUCGAGGGAAAGACCUGCCAUUUCAAGGACGGCACCUCUGGAGAUUAUGAUGCGAUUAUUCUCUGCACUGGUUACAGACACCAUUUUCCCUUUUUGCCCUCUGAGCUGAGCCUUCCAAAUGGAAACGUCUUCAAUCUGCCCAACCUCUACCGUAACGUACAGUGGUAUGGUGUCACUGAAGGCAAGAAAAACGCAAGCGGGCUGUUCUACCUUGGCAUGACGAACCAGUUCUACACCUACACCAUGUUCAUGAUGCAGGGUCUGUGGGCUGUGAGUGUCAUUAAGGGUAUCAUCCAGACACCAGAGAGGGAGGAUUGUGUGGAGGAUAUUGAGAAGAGGUAUGCGGAGAAUGCUAAUCUUACGGACUGCUUCAAGAUGAUUGCCUCACAAGCUGAUUACAUGAAGCAACUAUCGACUGAUCUCAACUAUACUGAGGUUCUGGAUUGUGAGGAGCUGUAUUACCAAUGGGUGCAACAUAAGCUUGAUGACAUCAUUACGUACAGAGACAAGUGUUACAAGUCCCUGUACACGCUCAAGGAUUCCCCUGUACACCCCACUCCUUGGGUUAAGUGUUACGAUGACUCAUUGGAAGCUUUUAUUUCUGCUUAACUUAACAAAGCAAAGUAUGGACUUGUGGAUUGUUGUAUUGGGAUUAAAUGUGGUCAUUUACAAUAUUUUCAAGGAAAGUUUACCAAAACCUACCUCUUUAUUUAGGUAUUAUAGAUAUUAUUAUGUAGAUAUUAUAAUGUACAGAGUGGACCAAAUAGAUAUUUAAAUGUGGUCAUUUACAAUAUUUUCAAGGAAAGUUUACCAAAACCUACCUCUUUAUUUAGGUAUUAUAGAUAUUAUAAUGUACAGAGUGGACCAAAUAGAUAUUCAUAUUACUGCCUGAUA